AUGGUGAUUCCAGCUUCUACUCUAAAACUUGGACGGUACGCAGGAUUCACUUGUGCCGUUGAUUCUUCCCUCAGGAUGCUGACCAAGCUCAUCAAUUCUCAGCCGGCCGGUCCCACAAAGGCCAAGUUGAUCUUCGUCCAUGGCUUCAGCGAGCAUAUUAACCGCUACAACGAAUUUUUCCCAAAGCUUGCCGAGAAGGGCAUUCAGGUAUUUGGCUGGGACCAGCGCGGUUGGGGGCGCAGUGUCGCCAAGCCUGCUCAGAAGGGACUUACUGGACCGACCUCGCAGGUCAUCGCCGAUGUUGCUGCCUUUGUGAGGGACAAGCUUCCUGCCAAGGAUAAUGCUGACGCAUCGCCGGUUUUCGUCAUGGGCCAUUCUAUGGGUGGCGGUGAGGUGCUGACCCUUGCCGCGGAUUCACAAUAUGCUAAACUGGUUGGCCAAGUCCGAGGAUGGAUUCUCGAAUGUCCUUUUGUCGGAUUCCCGGUAGGGGAGGAGCCCAGUAGCAUUAAGAUAUUCGUCGGCCGCCUCAUAGGUCGUCUUCUACCCAAGCAGCAGCUGAAACACGUCGUGCCGCCAGAGUACCUUAGUAGGGACGAAGCCGUUGUUCAGGCAGUGCGAGAUGACCCUCUUUGCCAUGAUACUGGGACUCUCGAAGGUCUAGCUUCGCUCCUUGAUCGGACAGCUCUGCUAUCAUCUGGUCGAGUUCAGCUUGGCAAGCACGUCAAGGGCGUGCUCUUAACUCAUGGGACAGAAGAUCGGGCAUGCAGCUACGAUGCUGCGCUUAGAUUCAUGGAACAGCAACACAGCGUCGAAGACAAGACGACAAAGUCAUAUCGUGGAGCCUAUCACCAGCUUCAUACAGACCACUGCAAAGAUGAGUUUACAAAUGAUGUUAUCGAAUGGAUCUUAGAGCGAUGUCCCCCAUCCACGGGGAUGGCUGAACCUCGCGAAGCAAAGCUCUAG